CAAAAGAAGUCAAACAAUGGACCAUCCAGACGACAAUCCGCCCGAACAAUGAAAAAAUCUUCUUUUUUUGCUAGUUAACACCUUCUCAAAAGGUGAAAACAUUUUAACGGAACGACUUUUUGAAAUCUUUAUAGCGAGUUUUAGAUAAAAAUAGCUCGAAGAUAAGAUUAAGAAACGGCUUCAACGGGACUUGGCGUGGGUUAGUUGUCAUCAAAAUGUCGCACGAGCAUCACGGUUCACGCGGACCAUGUCCCCUAAUUGUCUCCAUGCAUUACGGCAGUUGCGAGGUAAUUUUGUUCAAAGAAUGGAUCGCCGAGGUAAUUAGUACGUUUGUUGCUUCGUCAAUUGGGCUUUUUUGCAUCGCGGUGCUGUUCGAGGGCAUCCGUUACUUUCGGGAAUACAUGACGCGGCGAGAGACACUGCGAAAUCGGGUUCGCACGAAAGCCGGAUUACCGCAAAAAACGAAUGCCGAAUACAUGUUCGGACGGAAUCACGUCGUGCAAUCGCUUUUACAUGGCGCACAAAUUGCAAUUGGCUACUGGCUCAUGUUGAUUCUCAUGCAGUUCAAUUUUUGGUUGAUUUUGGCAAUUUUAUUGGGUGCAGUUGUGGGAUAUUAUUUUUUUGCUUGGCUGCGACAAACGACAUUCGAACAGUGUGAUGCAUGCUGAGGGACAUUUUUUCUGCCGAUAUUUUUUUUAACUGAUAAUAAAUAAACAUUUUGCAUGUUCAAUAUUUGCGUUUUAUGUUCGUCUGAUGGACAAAUGACACGAAAAUUAUCUUAUCUCGUAAACAAUUCAAUUUUUUUUAAUCCAAAGUUCGAUCGGAAAUUCAUUUUUGCCGGUUUUUGGUUAAAAAUAAAACAAUUUGUUCGUUUUUUUCCAUCAAACAUCCGAUUUUCGAGCAUCUACUUAAUAAGACGUCGCUCGGCAUAUCUUAUCGGAAGAUAAACCUUAUCCAAAGACAUGUCGAUAACAGAAUUCCAAGAUUAACGUUUGAUUGUAUGACAACCCGUGUCAGUUUCUGUCCGAUUGUUGACCGUAUUAAAUCUUUGAAGCGAGAAAUAUGGGUCUUGAAACGCAUAUUCAUGAGCGAGAAGAUGGGGGAUGUCCCAUGAUUAUGUUGUUCCACGAUGGCGUUUGCGAAACAAAUUUCUUCAACUCUUGGACCACGACAACAGUUGGACCCUUUGUCGGCGUUUGUUUCCUGCUAUUUUUCAUCGCCAUCCUAUUCGAAGGCCUCAAACACCUCCGGGAGAAAUUCUACGAACUUGAAUCGAAAAACGCAAAAAAUCUACCGCAAAAACAAACAUUUUCCCAAUUUUUGUGCAGCAAAUAUCAUCUCAUCCAAACAGCGAUGCACUUUGUGCAAGUACUUUGCUCUUACGGCUUGAUGCUGAUUUUCAUGAACUUCAAUUAUUGGCAAUGCUUGGCGAUUCUCGUGGGAUUCAUGGCUGGCUACUUUCUGUUCGGUUGGACGAGAAAAUCGGCAACCGACACAAACGAAUGUUGUUACUAAGUUGAAACGAGUAAAAAAGUCAUAAAAAGAAAAAUAAAAUUUACAAUGUUGUCAAGGACUUGUCAUUAGAGAGA